AUGGUUGUUAGACCGGUAGAAUCAAUUGUGUGUCAAGCGCCGGCACCGGUAGGAGGUAUUAUGAGAAAUAAAACGUGUCCAGACUUCAAAGCUGAUCCAACGUUCACAUAUUGUUGUACAUCCAAGCUUCCAAUCACUAACAUAGUUUAUAAAGAUCGUCACGGGGUAUUCUGUUGCUCAGAACAAGAUUUCUUACAGGAACAACAAGAAAUAGCAGAUGCUGAACUUCGACGUUUCAUCAAAAAUUAUAUGGUUUUAAUAAUUCUCUCAACGCUCAUUGGCAUAUGUAUUGUGGUCAUCAUAGCUUCUGUUGUAUGCAAAAAGUUCCGAAAAUGUCCCUUAUAUAGAGAUCCAACAGUUCUUUCACACACACUACCAACGACGUCUAUGUACCGACCCGUUGAUACAAUCCCUCCUAAGAUUUAUGAAGCCCCACCACCAUAUGAAUGCUUUGUUCCACCGCCGGAUCAGCUUCGAACGGAUUGGAAUACUUUUUUGGACCAUGGCAAUCAUCAUUCAGCUCCUCCGAUGAAUUGA